CACGGCAGCAUCAGCGGGUUUAAAUCCAUGACAUGGAAGCCAAAGUCAUCUACUUCACAGUGAACGGGAGACCGGAGCAGGCGGAGUUCCCGGUCAACUGUCCGGCUCAGGACGUCAAAGAUCUGUUCCGCUCUGCCGCCGAGGCCGGACCCCACGACAUCCUGAAACUGUACAACCCCAAAGGCAACAUCAUCAACAUCUCCCCGAGUCUGGAGCCCAACAGUCCCAACCUGUGCUACAAGCUGGAGGUGGUGGCCGCCGACUGCAACAGUGAGCCGUUAGGUGCCGAGCUUGCCGGUGCACUUGGGUUUGAUCUCUCAUCCAUGGAAAAGAGACUGCAGGGCCUGGAGAAGAAAAUCCUCAUCGAGGCUGGAGAGACUCCUGCAGUCGUGUAUGAGAUGAAGAAGCAGGUGGAUUCAUUCAGAGAGAAACUGGAGAGUGUGGAGCAUCUAAGCUGGCUGGGGCUGUUCAAAGAUCUUUCAGAGGGAACCCUCAAGCCCUCGCCGUUCUACCACAAACGAACGCUGCGGAAAACCAGGGAGGAGUGUGAACACGUGCGGGAAAAGUUCCUGCAGAUGAGCUCUUUGGAGGUAUCUGAGGAGGUGAGGCAGUACCUGAAGACUCCGACCUUUGAUAACUGUGUAGAUGUGGAAACAGUGUCCCAGCUUUCUUUAAGAAUUAUUUUGCAUUACCGCCGAUGGAUGGCUGUGUAUUCCCUCUCCUGUGUAUUUGUGUGUCUGUGCAGGCAGUGGGAGGAUGCAGAGAUCAUGGUGCUGCUCCAGGUCAUGUACACAGAUCUAGAGUUCAUAACCACCUUCAACAUUGAGCCUGAAGUCUUGCAGCAGUUUCUGUUUGAGGUCUAUCGAAGAUACAACAACAUUCCUUUCCACAACUUCAAACACUGCUUCUGUGUGACCCAGAUGAUGUAUGGGUUGAUCUGGCUGACUGACCUGAGGAGUAAGAUGGACAGCGUCGACCUGCUGAUCAUGCUGACCUCUGCAGUCUGCCACGACCUCGACCACACAGGAUACAACAACGCCUAUCAGAUAAACGCUCGGACUGAACUCGCUCUGCGCUACAACGACAUCUCUCCUCUGGAGAACCACCACUGCGCUGUAGCGUUUGAGAUACUGGAGAGGACAGAGAGCAACGUCUUCAGGAAUCUGUCCUUGGAUCAGUACAAACGGAUACGAGAGGGGAUCAUCAAAUGUAUUCUGGCCACCGACAUGUCGAGGCACAAUGAGAUUCUCAACAAGUUCAAGUCCAUCCUGCCGACGUUUGACUUCACCAACAAGGACCACAGAGACGUGCUGAUGAUGAUCCUGAUCAAAGUGAGCGACAUAUCCAACGAGGCGCGGCCCAUGGAGGUGGCCGAGCCCUGGUUGGACUGCCUUUUACAGGAAUUCUUCAACCAGAGUGAUGUGGAGAAGCUGGAGGGCCUUCCUGUCACCCCCUUCAUGGACCGGGACAAAGUAACCAAACCUUCAUCUCAAACUGGCUUCAUCAGAUUCGUUCUUAUGCCCCUCUUCAUCGAGCUGGCCAACCUCUUCCCCUGCCUGGAGCAACACAUUAUCGACCCUGUCCGGAAAGCUCUUGACUACUACACAGAGAUGGAGAAAGCUCUGGAGACGGAGCAGCAGAACCGGGCUCAGAGCGAGAACGCAGCCAAGAACAAGGAGGUGACGCCGGCAGGAGGCCGACGGGACAGCCGGACGGACGGCGGGCCAGACGGUGGGAAACCGGCCGCACAGUGAACGGAAAUCAUCUCAUAACCAUUUUAAUGUAUUUUAUUGGCUGGGCUAACAGACUGUGAUGUGCUGUGAGCAGUUCAUCCUGGAGCUUUUCUGCACGC